AAUGUUUGGUAACUAGGCUAGCUUAGCUUAUGUGUGCAGCUUUACCCUAUAAAUAUAUAUACCCGCACCACCAUUUGUCAUCAAAAACAAAAUUUAUUCCAAAGUGUCAUUUCUCACAAUGUUGCCAAUAUUCAUGAAAAAUCACAUGAGAGCUCAGGUGAUUAAGCUUGUUAUAGUAGCAGUUCUUGUACUGAACAUAGUAAAUGGAGUUGAGAGUCGAAGAAGACAUAAAGGAAGGAAUGUAGAGUCGUCGUUAGAGUACAGUGCCAUAAGCUGUAGAGCUCACAGUGCAGUGCUGACGGAGUUUGGAGGAGUUGGAGAUGGAACGACAUCAAACACGAAGGCGUUUCGUGAUGCCAUUACAAAUCUCACCCAAUAUUCAUCCAACGGUGGAUCUCAGCUCUUUGUCCCUGCUGGCAAAUGGCUGACCGGCAGUUUCAGCCUCAUUAGUCACUUCACUCUUUUUCUCCACAAGGAUGCUGUUCUUCUUGCUUCUCAGGACAUAAAUGAGUGGCCUGUCCUCAAACCCUUGCCAUCGUACGGCCGAGGAAGAGACGCUGCUGGUGGACGGUUCACCAGUCUCAUAUUUGGAACAAACCUCACUGAUGUUGUUGUCACAGGGGAAAAUGGGACAAUUGAUGGUCAGGGGUCAUUCUGGUGGCAGCAAUUUCACAAGGGCAAGCUCAAGUAUACAAGGCCUUACCUGAUUGAGCUUAUGUUCUCUGAAAAUAUUCAGAUUUCUAAUCUGACACUCUUGAAUUCUCCAUCAUGGAAUGUUCAUCCUGUUUACAGCAGUAAUAUUCUUAUUCAAGGAAUCACUAUCAUUGCCCCAAUUUCGUCCCCCAACACAGAUGGGAUCAACCCAGAUUCUUGCACAAAUACCAGAAUUGAGGACUGUUACAUAGUCUCUGGCGACGAUUGCGUGGCUGUGAAAAGCGGUUGGGACGAGUAUGGCAUUGCCUUUGGCAUGCCGACGAAACAGCUAGUGAUCCGACGGCUCACAUGCAUUUCACCAUACAGUGCCGUGAUUGCGCUGGGGAGUGAGAUGUCCGGCGGAAUCCAAGAUGUCCGAGCUGAAGACUUAGUGGCCAUCCAUACCGAGUCUGGGGUUAGGAUCAAGACUGCUGUGGGGCGAGGAGGGUUUGUGAAAGACAUCUACGUAAGGAGAAUGACCAUGCAUACCAUGAAAUGGGCAUUCUGGAUGACCGGUAACUACAAGGCUCAUGCAGAUAACCACUACGAUCCCAACGCCAUUCCGGAGAUCAAAGGGAUCAACUACCGUGACAUGGUGGCGGACAAUGUGUCAAUGGCAGCCAGGUUGGAGGGCAUCUCUGGUGAUCCCUUCACUGGUAUUUGCAUCUCAAAUGUCACUCUUGGGAUGGCGGCCAAGGCAAAGAAGCAACCUUGGACUUGCACGGACGUGGCGGGGAUCACCAGCGGCGUCACUCCCACUCCGUGUGGGCUUUUGCCUGAUCGGGGUGAGAAGAAAAUGGCUUGUGAUUUCCCUUCUGAUGAUCUUCCCAUUGAUUUAGUUGAAAUCAAGAGAUGCAGCUAUAAGAUGAACUAUUAUGUGUAAGUUAUGUAUAAGUUAGUUCUAAUCUAGUCUACCAUAUACUGCCAAACAGCAGCGAUUCCAGCUCUUGUUGAGUUUGGGUAUUGAUUUCUUAGUAGGAAGAAUCUCUGUUUCUGUAAUUCCAUAUUUAAAGAGUAUGCUUUUCUGCAACUAUACUAAUAUGGUGCUUGAUUAUUAAGUCACACGCAGUUCGUUUA